GGCAGCCGUCUCCAAAAGAAGAUGUGCUUCGAGCAGAGCGCAUCUUACACCGUGCUGGACUUGCAGUGACUGUACCAAACGCCAGCCCGUGCGGCCCAGUUGUCAUACUUCCGUCCUCAAACGAACUGCGGCCUGCUAGCACCGUUUCCAUAGGAUGCAGCUGUCCGCCAAGGUCCUUUCCUGCACCGUGCUACUAUGUUGCAUUGGUUGCAACGUGCUGCUUGCUGCUGCUACCGACUCCAACGACGAUGAAAUCACGGCCCGGCUGGAACGUGCCAAACGGUGGCUCAACUAUCCCAUCAACGGUGGGCUCGCCAAAGUGGUGCUCGGGUUCAUCGUACCCAUCCGGUUCCAUCAUCCGCUGCCGCGCGUCAUCGUCAAUACGUACAAUUUGCAGGCCAACUACCGCAUACCGGCCACCAUCAUCUAUCCGUAUCCGGAGUCGGUGUUCCAAAACCGGGCGCUCGAUCGGCCGGCCGGCGAGGAUCAGAGCCGGCGGCAGCUGUACACCCUGCUCGAGCAGGGCCUGUCCCGGGCGGGGCGGAAUGGGCGGGCGUGCCUGCUGCGGGCCGUCUGUGAGGUUGCCGAAAUGCCGCUCAAACACAACGGAUUGAUUGGCGAAAUAAUCGAUGUGAUUUUCACACCAUCACCUUCGGACCGGCUCGAACCGGACUAUCUGCUGGCCCGCUCGCAUGGUCAGCAAGGACGUGACUGCACCGCACAAUACACCGACUGUCCGGCUGGCCACGGUCUGUUCGACGGCAUUUCCUUUCUAGCGACACAACAGCCGGCCCAAUUCGCUGGGGAAUAGUAGUAACACAACACCUCCCGAACACCUUUACUCCCCCCCCCCCCCCCCCCCCGCACAGUGCCGUAUGUUUUGGUCGCUGAGCACACAGCACAAUAAAUUAUAGCUAGCAUUUGUCGCCGCCUGCUUAGGUGGUUUUGUGUGGAGCUCGCUAAUAUGUUGCUGCGACCGACGCGAACAAAAAGCUAACGAGUCCGUGUCCCGUGCCACGCCACGGUGUUGUUUGGGGUGGACCAGUGAACUUACCAGCCCCCACUGUAUGCUUUGUUGCUGUGAACCCCCUAGCUGGAGGUGAAAAAUUGGACUAAAACUUACAACAAAACUUCAACCAAAACCAAACAAUCUGCUAAAGCCUACCGUUAAAAGUGGACCGUGAAAGGGGACAACGAAACACACGGUAGUGGAGGACGGCGGGACAAAGCGGGACAAGCGUACAAUCCCGGAAGAAGAUUUUAUUAAUGGAAAGUGUAAUAAAUUAUGUUAGAAUUAUAAAACUCUUCUAUGAUUCACUCGGCACCCGCACUGUUCCUGUGGCUUUUCCACUGCACUGACGUAGGAUGGUGUUGUGCGCGAGUUCCCACAAUUUGGUGCUGGAAUUAAACUUCCAAAAAAUCUCCUCCCACCCCCCUCCCCUCCAACUACACUGUCAACGCCCACACACCUUUGUUUCGUAUGGUGGAACAAUUCCACCCUAGUGCCGGGGGCUGUUGACAGUGUGUGUGUCGCUGACAUGCACCCGAGGUGGACCCUAAAGGUGGGAAAUUGUUCUGGCGUUUGCUUGUGACGCUCAUUCUAGCCAGUUGGUGGGCUGUCAACAAUCCCGCUCUCUCUCUCUCUCUCUUCCUCCGCUGCAUAACAUAAUCCUGAUCGCGUGAGGAUCACACACACAGACACAGUAGGAGAGAUUACCCCUGGGGUGGUGCUACGGGAAUAAAUGUAUGUUGCGCUGGGCUUUGGCGUUGUUUGGUCGUUUAUCUAUUGCUUGUUUGC